CUCGAAUUUUUUUUUUUUUUUUCUGUUUUUGGGUGGAAAUUUUAAUCACAAAUCCCUCUCACACUCGCCUUUGGAGGUGGAAGAGACCAAAUCCCCCAAAUCGAUCUCCCUCUCAUCGCAUUCUACGCCCUUCUCCCGAUCUCUCGGAGGUUCCAGCGUCUUCCUCGUCUGUGGCUUCUUCGAUUUCUAGGGUUUCAGCUGAAUCCGGCGUCGUGGUGCCGCUCUAAGAGGUCGAUUCGUGAUGGAUCUUCUUUGAUUUGGCGUUUUUUUGUUGUGUGGGAUUUUUUUUCCUACAAUUUUUCUCCCGAUCCGAUCCGAUGGGGUUCGUCUCGCGGAAGCUCUUCCCCUCGUGCGGGAGCAUGUGCGUGUGUUGCCCCGCGCUGCGGCCGAGCUCGCGCCGCCCCGUGAAGCGCUACAAGAAGCUCCUCGCCGAGAUCUUCCCCAAAACGCUCGAUGGUCCUCCAAAUGAAAGGAAAAUAAUGAAACUUUGUGAGUAUGCAGCCAAAAAUCCUAUUCGGAUCCCAAAGAUUGCCAAGUUUCUUGAGCAACGGAGUCACAAAGAACUGCGGGCUGGGCACGUGAACUUUGUUAAAAUUAUUAUUGAAAUCUACAGUAAAUUACUAUUCAUCUGUAAGGAGCAGAUGGCAUAUUUUGCAAUCAGCCUAUUGAAUGUUAUUAUUGAGCUUUUAGAAAGCAAGCAGCAAGAUGCUAUACUGAUUCUUGGAUGCCAAACUUUGACAAGAUUUAUCUAUAGCCAGGUAGACAACACAUAUGCACGAAACAUCGAAAGCUUGGUUCAUAAAGUGUGUACGCUUGCCUGUGAGCAAGGAGAGGAACAGAAGAGUCCUCUAAGGGCUGCAAGCCUGCAGUGUUUGUCAGCUAUGGUUUGGUUUAUGACCGAGCAUUCUUAUAUUUUUGCUGAUUUUGAUGAGAUCAUUAAUGCCAUCUUGGAGAAUUACCGAAUAGAUGAGCGAAUUAAUGGUAAUGAUGAAAGACAUGAAUCCCAGCAUAAUUGGGUUGAUGAAGUAGUUAGAUGUGAAGCAAAAGCCGGCCUGGUUGUCGGUAAUGAUGUCAACACAAACAGUACAACUGCACGAUCACGGCCUACAGCAAAGGAUUGUUCAACUCUGACCGGAGAGGAGCGUGAAUCUCCAGAAGUAUGGUCACACAUUUGUAUACAGAAACUUGCUGAGCUAGCAAAGGAAAGCACAACCAUGCGCCGUGUAUUGGAGCCCAUGCUUCUUUACUUUGAUACUCGAAGACAAUGGGCACCUCGCCGUGGAUUAGCUCUGCUUGUUUUGUCUGAUAUGUGUUACUUAGAGAAGACUUCUGGAAAUGAACAAUUGAUUUUGGCUGCUAUAAUUCGACAUCUGGACCACAAAAAUGUUGUGAAUGACCCUCGGAUUAAAUCUGAUAUUAUCCAAACUGCCACUUCCUUGGCUCGACAACUUAGGUCUCGAGGAGUGGUUGCUGAAAUUGGAGUAGUCUGUGACUUGUGCAGGCAUUUAAGGAAAAGUCUACAGGCCACUGUUGAAUCUGCUGGACUAGAAGAGGCGAACUUGAAUGAGUCGCUCCAAAAUUCUAUCGAGGAUUGCCUGUUGGAGAUUGUUAAAGGAAUUAAUGAUCUACGGCCACUCUUUGACAUGAUUGCAAUAACACUAGAGAAAUUGCCUACUGCUGCUGCUGUUGCCAGGGCAACAGUGGGAAGUUUGCUGAUUCUUUCUCACAUCAUCUCGUUGACAUUAAUCAAUUUGCAAUUGCAGAUGGUAUUUCCAGAAGCACUCCUACUACAGUUAUUGAAGGCUAUGAUGCAUCCAGAUGUUGAAACUCGUCUGGGAGCACACCAAAUGUAUGCUGCUAUUCUUGUUCGCGCCUCAAAUCAUCCGAGGAGUGAAACAGAGUACUUAUAUGAGACAAGGAAGUGGCAAUCCCGAACCACAUCAGUAUUUGCCUCAGCUACUGCUCUACUUGAAAAACUUCGUAGGGAAAAGGAAAGUCUUAAUGUGGAUAAGCAUGGAGGUAGUGCACACGAUGAUAUCAAGGAAAGAAUUAUGUGGGAUGAGGAGAGCAAGCAUAGUUGGCCCAGAAGAAAUUCCACUUAUUUUUCAAAAUUGGGUUUCUCUGUUAUUGACAGAAUAGUCAAUUCAACCAAUUCUACGGAGAUGGGAGCCAAUAUUAUUCUUUUAACUGAGGAGCAAGUAGAUCAAUUAUUGUCUGGCUUCUGGAUGCAAGCAAAUCAGGCAGAUAAUUUGCCUUUCAAUUUUGAAGCUAUUGCCCAUUCGUUCUGCUUGACACUUCUUUCUUAUCGCCUUAAGAGUUCAAGCCAUAGUAAUACAGUGAAGUUCUUCCAGCUUCCAUUAUCCCUUCGAAAUGCUUCUUUAGUCUCAAAUGGACUUCUGUCUCCCUCGUGUCAACGGUCUCUUUUUACCUUGGCAACAGGCAUGCUAGCAUUUGCUGGAAGGAUCUUUCAAAUUACAGAAUUGACUGACUCACUAAAAUCUUUUGCAACUUUAAAUAUUGACCCUUUCCUGAAAAUUGCCGAGGACUCACAGUUAUAUGUAAGGCCACAGUCUGAUCUGAAGGACUAUGGAACUGAUGCUGAUCAGCAAGCAGCUAGGUCCACACUAGUUGACUUAAGAAAGCUUGUGGGUUCUUCUGACAAGCAGCUACUUGACAUAAUAAUUCAUGCUCUUUCAAACUUAACAGACUUAGAGAAGGAUGUACUAGAGAGGCAGCUUACUGAAACUUUCAUUCCCGAAGACAUAUCCUUGUUUGGAUCUUGUCCAGCACUUGACUGGGCCAACACUCGAGCUCUCGCACUUUCUGAGGAAUCACUUUCUUUUGAUGAGGAAUGUUCAAGGACUUCAUCAAUUGAUGGUGAAAUGGUCGGGGAAUCUCCACAUACUGAUAUUCCCAGGUUAAUCUCAAAUGUGCCUGCAACACCAUCUUUUCCCCACCUAAUAAGUGUUGGCCAAUUGGUUGAAUCGGCACUUCAUGUAGCUGGCCAGGUAGCUGGAACUUCAGUCUCAACCUCACCCGUCCCAUACGGCACAAUGGCUAGUCAGUGCGAGGCUCUCGGCACGGUCACAAGGAAGAAGCUCUCAAGUUGGCUUGUUAAUGGCCCCGACUUGGUUGAAGAUACUCACAUGCCAGUUCUUCCCAUGACUCAGCAGUUCGGUCUUCAGAAGGUGAAUGCUUAUGGCUUCGAGAAGGACUUAUCUGAGCCCUCGGAACCGUGGAUGGCCCUACGACUCCCUCCGGCUAGCCCCUUCGACAACUUCCUGAAGGCCGCCGGUUGCUGAGUAGCAGAAACAACUAUUAUCUGUAUAAAACUUAUAAUCAAUUAGUAGAGCACAAUAUAUGUUCCUAGAGCCUUAGAACUUGAUUGGCUAAUCCUAAUGUGUAGUUUCUGGAGAUCUGAUUAACUAGUUAAAACUAUGCUUAGUUGAACCGAUGUUAUUAUUCCAGUUGUGUGUUCUGCGCCUUCCAAGAAUUGCUUUUCAGUUGACUGUUGGCUUCUUGCGGCUUUGAGAUUGGAAUGGUUUCAGGAGAUGGAGAUGGGAAAGAUGAUAGUCGAGUAAGGUGUGGCACGGGGUGGUUAGUUUUCCUUGUACGCAAUAUUGCUUGGCCUUAUUACUUUCUCUGUCUAUAUACUUACUAUAUAAAUGA